CGCGUAUAUAUCAUCCUUCUCAGCACUGACGUAUCCUUCUCAACCCACCCACCCCAAAUUUCUGUAUUUCAUUUUUCUCCUCUACCUUCGUCUUCUUCCUCGCACUUUCUCAAACUAAUCGCUGCUUUUUAUUGAGAAUUCUUCGAUUUAUUGCACUUUCUUCAUCUUUGAUUCCUCUUACUUUGAAUCAUUUCUCUGAUUUCUGUCUUUUUUUAAUUCCAAGUUUGGGUUUUCCCCCCAAAAAAAAGAAAAAAAAACCCUAAUUGGAAUCAAUUUCGUGCUUACAGAUGCUGUGACGUUGAUUCUGUAAGUGUGUUUCUCUCCGUUGUUUGUAUCUCUGUUCAUAUAAUCUGUAGAUACAGAAGGUUGUGAGGGUUAUGAUACUGUAGUCUAAUUUAUUUUCGUUUAGGUUAAUUUUUUUAGUUUUUGUAAAUAUAGUUUAGAUUCUUGGAAUUCAAUUGAAUUUCAUAACUAGGAAGAAGAAAAAUGUCGUCGGCUGGACUUGCGGUUAGUAGAAUUAGGGCGGAAGAGCCUUUGAUUUCCCCACGAUUUUUCCACAAUGCGCUAGAUUUGAACUUGGAUGAAUCUAUAAUGGUUUUCUUGAGUGUUUCUGGGAAUAUGAUACCAUUACGAGUUUUCGAAUCGGACUCAAUUGAGUCUGUGAAAUUGAGGAUUCAAAGCUUCAAAGGCUUUGUUGUGAAAACUCAGAAAUUAGUUUGUGGAGGGAGGGAAUUAUCUCGGAGUGAUUCAUUGGUUCGCGAUUAUGGAGUUGCUAAUGGCAAUGUCCUUCACUUAGUGCUUAGGGUUUCAGACCUCCAAACUGUUAAUGUUAAGACAUCGUGUGGGAAGGAGUGGACUUUUGAUGUUGGGCGACACAGGGAUUUUGAGUAUGUUAAGAGGCAGAUAGCUAAGAGGGCGAAAUGGUUAGUUGAAGAGGAGGAUCAAGAGCUUGUUUAUGAAGGUGAGCUACUCAAAGAUCAGCAGUUAGUUGAUGACAUUUGCAAGCAGAAUGAUGCUGUGAUUCAUUUGUUUGUGAGGAAAUCUGCUAAGAUUAGGACAAAGCGUGUUGCGAAGAACCUUGAUGAGUUAUCUGUGGAAGCACCAGAGUUGGGUAGUAGUAAGCGAGAUUACAAUGUCAAAUCUGUGGAAUCAGUAUUAGUGUCAACUCUGCCGAGUAACCUGUGUGAAAAAGACUUCCUCUUGGAGCCUGUGUUUGUCAAUCCAGAAGCUGAAAUACCAUCAGAAAUACUGGAUGUGAUGGAGAUGACUUAUGAAGGGUUAGAUAAUGGGAGUACUCCAAUUAGGUCAUCUGAAGGCUCUGGUGGGGCUUACCUUAUGCAAGAUUCAACUGGGUUAGAGUAUGUAUCUGUGUUUAAGCCUAUGGAUGAGGAGCCAAAGGCGAAGAACAACCCCCAUGGAUUACCUUUGACCCUUGAUGGUGAAGGGUUGAAAAGGGGUACCAAAGUUGGGCAAGGAGCGUUUAGGGAAGUAGCGGCUUACCUCUUGGAUCAUCCGUUGAAUGGGAGACGUGAAACCACAGGAGAGGUUUCGGGGUUUGCUGGGGUUCCUCCUACAGGUUUGGUGAAAUGCUUGCAUAGGGGAUUCAAUCAUCCUGGUGGCAUAACCCCUAAGAUAGGAUCCUUGCAGAAAUUCGUGAAAAACGAUGGAAGCUGUGAGGAUAUCGGCCCUGGUUCUUUUCCUGUGGGGGAGGUGCACAAAAUUUCUGUGCUUGACAUAAGAUUGGCUAAUGCAGAUAGACAUGCUGGGAAUAUAUUGUUUAGAAAGAACAAUGAGACGGGUCAAACUGUCUUGAUUCCUAUCGAUCAUGGAUACUGCUUGCCAGAUUAUUUUGAAGACUGCACUUUUGAAUGGCUCUACUGGCCUCAAGCUAAGCAACCAUACUCCGCCGAAACUGUGGAGUACAUUAGGUCUUUGGAUGCUGAGGAAGACAUCGCUCUCCUGAAAUUUUACGGAUGGGACCUACCUAUCGAAAGUGCUCGCACUCUUCGCAUCUCCACCAUGCUGUUGAAGAAAGGGGUUGAGCUAGGGUUAACUCCUUAUCAAAUUGGAAGCAUCAUGUGCAGGGUGAACAUUAACAGGGAGUCCGCAAUUGAGGAGAUUAUCCAAGAAGCUCUGGAUUCCGUGAUCCCAGGCACAAGUGAAGAGUGUUUCAUUGAAACCGUGUCUGAAAUCAUGGAUCGUCGCCUUGACGAGAUAUCUGGGUAACUGUUGAGGUGGGUUGAUGAUAAUGGUACAUACAUGUGCAUAUGUUAGGUACAUAAAAUAUGCACAAACUUUAAUUAAUAAAUAGGAGUUGAUAGAUAGUUUUCUUUUCUUAGGUUUUCAUCAGUUGAAGUACAUUCUUUCUUUAAUUCCUCAUCGAGUCAGUUCUGAUUUCGCCGAAGCCUCUCAAAGGUUUUCAUGCUAAAUCUUUAUCCCAGUAUCUACCAUUUCUCUCAAAUUGUAUUUCAAUCUUACAUUGUUAGUUUUAUGUAGAUGAAUCUAACAAGACUUGUUGUGGAUGAGCUUGUAUGUUGUAUUAUCUGUUGGUUUUGUGUGGAUGUGUACACUCUCAGGUGGGAGAAAUGCAUAAUUGUCGGCAAAAAUAUUGUCGCGAUUUUCGAUAA